AAAGAUACUCUCUCUAUCACUCAUUCCCUUUCCAACGUCUCUCGUCUAACCCUACAUUUCGAUUUUUUUAAACCCCUCAUUCACAGGCCCAACACCCUGUUUCUCUCUUGUCUCGUCGCUCCCCAAUUUACAUCUCUCUCUCAGAACUUCCAAUUCUCCUCUCACCCAAAUCACAUCUCUCUCUUCAAAUUUUCCAAUGGAGAAAGACCUUACAACGGACCCAGAAAUAUGUCCCAGUUCAGAGACAACACAAACACCAACACUGCCUACAAUGGCAGUCGAGAAGGAUGUCACUCCACAGGACCACCGCAUAAUUCGAAUUCCCAUCGAAGAUGGAAGAAACAAUAGCCCACCAAUCCUUGCUGAAGUGCCAAAACAGAGGACUUUCAGAUUUCCGGAGAGGUACAGGAGCCCAACAGAUCUGAUGGUCUCCCCUGUGUCGAAAGGGUUACUGGCGAGAAACAGAAAGCACGGGAUCAUCUUACCUCCGACAACAAAUGCUUCAAAGAUUCUGGAAUCGAGCUUCAAGGAUGUGGGGCUGUUGCCGAUUUGAUUCUGAAAUCGUGUUUUGGGGUUCUGUCACUGAAAACCACAUGCCUUUCCAUGCUCUGUUUACUCUUCAUAAUUAUCAGAAUUAUUUUACUUAUUGAAAUUUCUCCUCAAUUGUUUUUGUAUUUUAAUAUUGGCAAAUACAAUGCUUUGCAGUUCAGAAGAAA